AUGGGCGACAAUGGCAUAGACCCUGGAGAGCCUUUUGCCAUACCGGAUUUAUGGGCGCCCUCUAAAUUACGCGCUAUUGGGGUAGAGGAGAACGACCUCCUUUUUUCCCAGUUAAAGCUUGAUGAUCUUGAUGGAACACUUCCACUUAUUGUCGAGCCCAUCGAGAAUGGCAAUGAUCAUGUCUUCUUUUCUAUCCCCGACAUGCCAUUUGGGCCUACUCAGAGUGCACCAAUUACUAUCGAUGCGCCCGAUGCGCACCCAGAUCCGGCAGAGGACUCUACGAACGAGGAAAUUGAGGCUGGCGAUAUAUGGCUAUUAUCGCACGAUAAUCCAGUCGGCAAGCCAAAUUACCAGAGUUGGGAUGCGUUUGAGAACCCUGCCUUUAAAGAUUGCCACUCGGCGUAUAUUUCAGAGAGUGGCCCCGCUACAUUCGAUGCCGCACUGGCAGCAAAAGAGGACUUUCUGCAUGUUGACAAUGCAGGGCAUGUAGUGCUAGACACAAAAACUUAUGUUUCGGCUCUAUUAAAUCUCGGUCUCGGAAGGAGCUCGGUGCUCUUUACUUGGAACGAACAAAAGCAAUUCUUUAGCCCUUCCUUUCAAGAGAUGAGAAUUUCUGGCUAUACUGGGAACUCUUUGGAUCAUCUGUUGACGACAUUCAUGGAAUGCGGUAGCACCACAAGAUCUCUCCAAGCGUUUGUCAAUAAGUCCUAUAUCCAAAAUACGUCACCGUGUCGGAUUGCUUUGGCAGAUGCAGUUUCCACUUUGCUAGCUACCAUACAGGCUCGGUUGAGUGCAAGCACAUCAAUGCAUAACAGCAUCUUGCAGCUUCAGGCUCUAUUUCAACCCGCCCAUUCGAUACUAAAAUGCUUCCAGCAAAUUGUCACCAACGUGUCCGCUACACGAAACGACGAGUCCAUGCUCUCUACAAUAUAUCAAGAGAUCCAGCUGCUUGAGCAUCGAACAGAUUCCCCUAGAAACAUACUCUUGGUGAUAUUGUCGCGCGUAUCUCAACCAUGGCUUAAAUUCUUGGGUGAGUGGCUAGGCUUACAACGUGAAUCAGAAUUGGCCUUGAGCAAACACGGCCGGGGAAAGAGUUUUGUCAAAGUGGAGAAUCGGGAAUGGGUGGACGACCAGGGCCUAGAGCUCCAUGGACCUGACUUCAUCUUGGAUUUUGAUAAGGUCCCAUCUUUCAUUACUCCGGAAGAUGCACGGGUAAUGUUUGAGGUGGGAAGGAGCCUCCGGUUUCUAAGAGAUCAUCACUCGGAUCAUCCAUUGGCCAGAGCGGAUGUUGUAGCUUCCACUAAUCCACCAGCCCUUGAAUGGGAGUUCUCGUGGGAGAAUAUCGUGCAGGUUGAGUCAAAAGCGUUGCAAUAUGAGAACGACCUGAAGAGGGCCAUUCAGCGGUUCUCGAUGCCAGGUGCCAACCCAUUAAAACUCGAACCACUCGGCCAAACACUUGAUAAGGAACCGUUCCAGUUGGAUUUCUUUGGCAGGCCAGAAGACGACAUGGAAGCACAUGUUCUGGCCUCCAUAGCUGCAUUUAAUGGGCCGUUCAAGGACGGCACACCAACAGACGACCUUUCCCUGGAGCUAAAUACCUAUCUUACGGCAACGGGUAUCUUACCUCACUAUGACGACUCCGUGUCCUGUCCUCCGAUGUCUUUGGUACCCCUACUAUCCUUCAAUCCAAUCAUAUCCGCUCAAGCCCGACUUGUCAACAGUACAUGCAUGCGUCUUUUCUUUAAGUCCCACAGUCUGCGUGAGCAUCUAGACCUGCAGCGGGAUUUUCAUCUACUCGGGAACGGCGUAUUCUCGAGCAGACUUUCCCACGCGCUCUUUGAUCCCGAAUUAGAGAGUGCUGAACGCCAGAGGGGAGUUGCUCGGUCUGGUAAUACGAUGGGCCUUCGUCUUGGUGGCAGAGAUAAUUGGCCACCCGCAAGCUCUGAACUUCGAUUGGCCCUCAUGGGAGUCUUAUCAGAGAGCCAUAUCCCAAAAAAGGCCCAACAUAGAAGCCAUGCAGGCACAUAUCUAAAUCAGAACUCGCUUCCGGGCGAUUUAAGUUUCGCUGUGCGAGAUAUGUCUGAAGACGAGAUCGAAAAAUGCAUGGAUCCUGAUUCGGUCGAAGCUCUCGAUUUCCUCCGCCUAUCUUACAAGCCACCUCCACCACUCGAGGCCGUCAUUACACCUUUGAUACUCUACAAAUAUGAUCAGCUGUUCAAGUGUUUGUUACGUGUACUUAGAAUGCUCUACGUGGUUUCUGAUCUCUUCCGCCACGGAACAUAUCGCUCAUCCUCCCAAAAACCAAUUGACACCAUAGCGCAGCGCUUUCGCGUCGAGGCUCAUCAUUUCAUCACCUCUAUCGGGGGCUAUUUCUUCGAUACCGGUAUUGAAGCAACGUGGCGCAUUUUCGAAUGCAAGUUACAGGAGAUCGAGGAUCGGAUAAAUAAUAACGAGGGCGAUAUCACACUUGGACAGAACGAAGGCCUUGACAAACUAAGGGACUACCAUGAACGAGUGCUAGACAAAAUUAUGUUUACCCUAUUCCUGAGAAAGCGGCAGCAGGCUGUUCUGAAACUACUUGAAGAGAUAUUUGCGCUUGUUCUUCAGUUUUCUAAGCAUUCCCGGCAAAGAGCACUAGGGCUAGAAGGAGAAGAUAGUGCUGGUGAUGAGGUUCGAGAAAUAUAUCUCAAGUUUCGGAAGAAGGUCGGCGUGUUCAUCACUGUCUGUAGGAGCCUGAGUGAAAAGAAGGGCUAUGGCGAGAAGAAAUAUGAUGGAAGGGCUGCUGCGCGCGGGGGGUUGUUUGAUGGAGAUGAUUUAGCGGAGGAGAACACUGUUUCUCACCUCCUCUCUCGCCUAGAGAUGUCGAAUUAUUACUCAAGGACAGUCAAUAUCUAA